AUGAACAAACAAACUUUCUACAGGCCAUGGGGCUCUUUUCUUGCAUAUGGCACACGCGAGCGAGCAAACUGGUGCAAACAACUGGUCUUUUCAAAACAUGAUAUCGUUGUCUCUUUCUUAGCGCCAGCUCCAAUCGCUAUAGCUCUUGAACACUGUUUCCUUUGUUACGAAAAAAAAGUCGCAUCGUAUUGGUGCAAAGCAGUGUAUUUGUCAGCAAGCAAGGUGCCUGCUGCCGCUGCUAAGUGUCAGCCUCUAGUAGACAAAAUUUCAUUCAUUGAUUGUCGGCAUUUGGCCACGCUUGAUUUGGGCAUCCCACAACCUGCCCACAAGCUCCUCAACCACUACCAUCAUCGAUCAUCCAUGACGCCCACUCAUGACCACCGCACCACCACUGUCACCAAUGGCCACCACAACCCACAACCCUCAUUGACCACCCACAACCAGCCCGGCAUGCCCCAACACCACAAGAACAACGCGGCAAUGCCACAUCACCAGCUCUGGCAAGAAAACGAGUGCCUGCAACAUCAACGCGACAACAAGGACAGUGACAACGUUGUGUGCCAACCCAGAUGUGCCACGUCAUCCCAGAUGGCGACAACAUAUGCCAUCAUCACCGUCCACAGUAGACAGUGGCCAUCUACAAAGAAAUCAGUAGAUUCAGUACACACAAGUAGCUCUGGUAGCAAGGUGUACCAGUGCCUAUCUAAGUGGAAGGAGGGUGUACCGAGGGCUAUCAGGUGCAAGGGAAGAGCUACCCAGGCUACUGAGAUGUCACAAUUUUCUCCUGAUGUUGUGAUGAAGCCUGGAAAAAACAAGGACGGCUAUUUCACGUGCGAUGAGAUCAUUGCUCAAGCUCAGAAAGCAAUUGACAUCUGCACCAAAUAUUGGCCCGAAUUUGAGGAUGUCUUCAUUUAUGACAACGCACCAACCCAUUUGAAGCGUCCUGAAGACUCGCUCUCUGCACGAUGGAUGCCUAAAUACACACCACCCCCAAACCAUAAUUGGGGAAUUGAGGUGAUGGAGCAUGAUCCCAUCACCAAAAAGCCGGUCUAUCUGCCUAAUGGAUCUCCCAAAAAAAUCAAGAUAAAGAUGGGCGACGCUCAGUUUGCUGAUGGCACACCGCAAUCCCUCUAUUUCCCUGAUGGCCACUCCUGCACAGGGGUAUUCAAAGGCAUGAAAAUAAUCUUGGAAGUCCGCGGCUACAAAGACGUUGACAAAAAACUUGCGCAAUGCAAAGAUUUUAAAUGCUGA